AAUUCGUGCGCACGUCGUGUCGGUUCUUAAGUGUACUUGUUAAGUAAUAUUAUAAUAAAAAAAAAAUACAAAAAUACAAAAUCAUUUAUUUCGCACUUUUCAUAUAUAAAUUAACAUUUUAUACUACUAAUCUUUUCGGACAUCGUAGCAGUGAACUGAUAAGGAUAAUAUACGCAGUGAAUUUUUGCGUGCUGUACUAAGUGUUUGUGAUCAUUGCCCGAUACGAGUUCAAGUUACCUCAGGAUUGGGAUAAUUUGAAGAGUAUUAAACUAAAUAGCAUCAAGAUGUAUAAUGAUUCACUUGUUCCAGUGAAAACAGAAUCAUUCAGUGACGUCACUGCUAGAAGACCAAUCGGUGAAUGUAUCAAGACAAUGUUACGUCGGGCCUGCGCUGAGAACAGGUUAACUAUCGGCCUCAUGCCGGCCUUGCAGUUCCUGUCCAAGAACAGUGCUGGCACAAUGUUCUGUAUUCAGGCUGCAGCUCGACCUGGCGACAGCGCCACUCAUAUACAUCAAGUGUUACUUAAGGCAUUCUGCUUGGAGAAUGAUAUUCAUACCAUAAUGGUUGACUCAGAGGAGAAGUUGAAGAAACUCCUUGUGUGUGGCAACACGCCUGUAGAUUGCACCUGUCUGGUGCACUACCCUUAUGAUCCAUUUGCAGACUGCGAGCCCACUGACCUAUCAAUCCUGUCUCCAUCAGAGAGGGAUCUGAUUGAUUACUAUGAUAAUAAUCUGGGAUUCUCAGUUCCAGUUAUAAAGCUACCAGAACAGUGAAAUCUCUAAGAAAUACUUUUGGAAAAGUUGUUCAAGACUUCCGGCCCCUUUGUUUUGCUUCGACGUUUCAACUUGUUUAAUACUACAUUGGUAAUGUUUUUAAUACCUACAGUGUUAUUUUGAAUAUAUUGUAUAACUAAGACUGUGAUUUGAUUGCAAUUGUUACUUCGAGCCCAGAGUAUCGUAGGAGAGAAUGAAUUAUAGGAUUGUAUUUAUAAUGAGUUGUUGUUUUUAUAUUUGUUAAUACUAUGCUUUCUGAAAUUUAAAUAAAUACAGUUACGUAUGUCUUU